CUCAGUUUUUGAGAUUAUGGAUUAUUUGUUCUAGAAACUACCUAGAAGCAUGAUUAUUGCAGUUUCUUAAGAAAGUUCUUAAACAAAAUAAGUCAUUUAAUUAAAUCAAAAAUAAAUAAAAGAGUAAUAACCGAUCUUUAAUACAGGAUUUUGGGGUCCGAUCAUAAAGAGGGUUCUUAGACCACAUGUCAGCAAACUGUGAAAUUUGAUUUUUUUUCUUUUUUUUUUCUUUCUCUCUUCCUCUCUCGUCUUCUUCUCCGUCGACGAUUGCUUCUGUGCUCAAAGGACCCUUCAAAAUCGUCGAAGGUCCCGCCAUCUCCGCCGCCGGGAACCCAGAUUACUUGCAGGAACGUGCUAAAGGAAGCAUAUUUUACGGGUUCAAGGGUGAUCCAGCUGGUAUCAUGAAAUGCAAAUAUGUCGAGUUGAAUGCUGAAUACAUUCAGCCUUACAGGAACCAGGGUGGCUUUGACAUGAUCUGCAGUGGAAGAGACAAGAUUGAAACGCCUGAGCAGUUUAAACAAGCUGAGGAAACAGCAAAGAAGCUAGAUUUGGAUGGAUUGGUGGUUAUCGAUGGAGAUGACUCCAACACCAAUGCUUGCCUCCUUGCUGAAAACUUCAGGAACCGGUGACUUGAGAAAGCCACAAAAAAGUACGAGAAGGAGUACAGUUGGUGCAGAACAAGUGGUGAAGGUUGCUUACUGCUGUGACACAAGGAGAUAGCAGAGAUAAGAGGACCAUAAUUUCCUCUUUCAGGAAUAAGUGUUGUUCCUUUACCAGCCCAGUACAACCGAAUCUCUAAUAUAUUAUUUGUCACAUUCGCACUCA